AUGGACGUGGUCCUCAACGGCGCACAGGUUCUCCGUGGUUUGCCGGAGAAUUUGGGUCGCGACGAGGCUACUGCAGGUGUCUGGGUUGGGGAAAGCGGGUGCAUGAGCAGAGAAGCUUUAGGCCCAAUGCAUGAGAUGCAGCCACUCGGCUGGACAUACGGAGACAUCGUUGCGAAUAGGCCUCCGGUUCAGGGGGUGAAUUGA